AGCGAAUUUAUCUCUCUCUUUCUUUUUUAUUAGGUAGCAAUGAAGAUUUCUAUAUUGGUUUUUCUUGGGUGGAUAUCAUGUUGUUUUGCGUGCGAUGCUCCAAAAGUAGAUGAACCAUCGGACAUGAAAGGAGGAUUCAUGACAGGGUUCGGCUUAACGACAGCGUAUUUUGCCGGUAUAGGUCCUGCAUAUGCAUUAGGAUUUGCUAUGGUAAGCUUCCUUAUCGAUAGUUUCUUUUCACCUGACGACUCGAAAGAUCAACGUCUCGCGCGAUUAGCCAACCAACUUCGUGAAGAAAUGGACAAUAAGAUAGAUAAUGCAAUUGUGGGCACCUUUCAAGGCCAAUUGAUAGCGGUUAAAGGCUUAUUAGAUGCAUACAAGGAUGAUUAUAAUUUUUGGAUAAACCAUAGUAUGCCGACGGGAGCCAAUGACGUAUGGUUGACACCGUACUACCAAAAUAAGGUGAAUAACAUCGUACCGCAUAUCAAUGUCAUUAUGGGCAACAUGGAUCGAAAUUAUUUGGGGUUACCUAUGUUUGCAAUCAUGGCUACCUCUCAUUUAAGUAUUCUACGCGAUGCUGCCAUCAUAGGAAAUGAUCGUCUCGGGAUCAAGAAAUACAAUUAUCGAGAGAUGUUUGCAUCAUAUCUUAACAAAUAUGUGACGCAGUUGACCAGAGUGUAUGAGACUAAACGUAACUCAUUGAUUCAGCAAAAUAUGGUGGAAAAGCAACUUGCGUUUGAAACAGCCAUCAUCACAAAUGCCUGGGAUGUUGCCGCCAAAUGGAGCAUGUUGAUUCCAGACAAUGGUGUCCCUCUGGACAUCUUUUACACGAGACCCGUUUAUUCGAAAAACACAAAAUGUGGAUACGAGCGAUGUGCAGUAAGUUCAACGAUAGUAGAAACGAGCAAAAACAAAGACCCUCAGUAUAGAGGUUUGGUGAAGGAUUUGCAGUAUACGACAUGGACGCAUCGUAAAGAUGGUGGAGAUCGUGAUGCAGUACCGCCGGUAUUGGUCUCAUUUACUUCAGUGUAUACGGGACCCGCAGUAAUCGAUGCCACCAAAGACAUCAUCGUAUCGUAUCUGAGUGUGCAUGAGGGCUUUGUGGAUCUCUAUUAUCAAGGCUUUGGUGUGCUCGUAUGUCCCAAGGCCUGUCCGGGAAUUUUGGCAACACUAACGAUUGGGGAAAAGACCCUGGGUAGUAAAGUCAAGAAUAGCUGUGGUCCUGCAUAUACGAAUGAUACCAUGGCCCCGCCUGCGCAACAUGGUCUGUCUCGUGUCCUUGCUGCUGGUAAGGAACAUUCGUGGUUUUUCGAAUAUCGUAAGAACGAUAACAAAGCCGCGUUUCCAACAGAUCAAGAACAUGCGAUCCGAUUCCCUGGAGAAUACAUCUUUGAUCCGAAAACUACAACGAUUGGUGAACUCAAUUAUUUACUCGGAGGACGAACUCUUCAUAUUAGUACAACUGCUACAUUUCAAAUGCCUCCCCGUAAUCGAGGAUUCAUCUACCGAGUACGUUUCUAUGUAAAAAGCCCUAUCAAUGUUCAAAACUGUGAUCUGAAAAAACAAACGUUUCAAUUUGCCGGAUUUGAUCUUUACGAAUGUGACUAUUCAGGUGUGUCUGUUACGAUAAAUGGUCCAGCGGAUCUCGGAGCAAUUGAAGUGAUUCAAAAGAAAGAACAAUGGUUUGGCGAAAGUUGCGAUACUGAUAAAGAUUGUUAUCACGAUCUUCGGUGCUUGAAUUACAAAGAUCCCAAUGGAAAUGCAGCACCGUCUAAGGAAGUCCCUCAACCGGUUCUUGGUGAAACUGGCGAUGAAUCUUUUUCUGAUGGAAGAUGCACAGCUACCAGAUCUCAAUCCUAUAGAAAAUCUGUGGAAAAAAAAAUGAACGAUGAAGUUAAUGCCAAAUUCGAGCCAGGAACGACGUUGAAAAGCUUUAGGCCAAUAGUGAUAGAAGCAUGGAAUUGA